AUGACUCGGCCGCCACCUGGCGUGAGCUUCGCGCAAUUCUUCCCCAACGCCCCCAAGCUCAAAACAGAGGCCCAAGGACGUGCCAAGCGGGGCCUCCAGGUCGUUGACCCGGCGCCAGAACAAGCCGUCAUGACAGAUGCCGACUCGAAUGAUUUCGCUCGACGUUGCCAAACCACUACCUCAUCAGAUCCCUCUCUGCCGCAGCCGCAAGCCGACGACAACGGGUCGUCGCCGGGUGAUAUGCCCAGUACCGUGGGCUCAACCAGCUCACAUGCCAGCUCUGCAUCCUCCCUCUUCAGCGGCUCUGCCGUGCCAGUUGCGACAGCCACGUCCGCCGGACCAUCCAUGAGCGCGACUCCAUUCACUUCCACAGACUCGCCCUCCUCCCUCCACGCGCCUGCCAAGUCUAGCAUGUCUACGCCUUCAAUCGUCGACCGCGCUUCAGGGCAACCGUCAGAGAAUGCCGCAUCCACUGGCCAACACUUGCGGCAGGAUAGGACCUCCUCGAUUGAACGCAUCCCAGCUCGAGACCCCUUGCCUUCGAUCAAGGGUAUCAAGUGCAUACAUGACCCGCUCCUCGAUCGACUGCGCAAAAAGGUUGUAAAUAAGAAUGCGAAACCAGUAUACAAGGAGUUCGGCUUGGUAUAUGACGCCCCCCCUGCGGACCCUCGCCUCACAAAGGCGGGAGAUAGGCUGGGAUAUAUCAACACAGACUAUUACCUGCCCAAAGCUCGCCUGCGCCAUGCUCCCGAGAACCUCAAGCCGUAUGCCUAUGACCCUAAGACGUCCAUUGGGCCAGGCCCCCCUACCCAGGUCCUAGUGACCAAGUACAACCCGCUGGUGUCGUUCAACAAAGUCAUCGCAAUAUUCGCCGCCUUCGGAGAGAUUGCAGAAAGCAGCAAUAAGAUGCACCCAGACACAGGCAGCUAUCUCGGCUUCGCAACCAUUCGAUACCGCGACUCCAAACGCCCGGACCGUCCGCGGGUGUCUGCCAUUGAUGCCGCGCGACGAGCCGUUCGCACUCGUGGAAUCAAGGUCGACGCCGACAUUGUCAAGGUAGAAUACGACCCUGAAGGUCGGAAGAGCCGGCGCAUGCUGGAAGAGGUACUCAAAAGGGAGAGGGAGAAGCUAGCCAACGAGUCGGCACGAAUAAAGCCUCCUCCUACAGGGCCUAAAUCUGCGACUGCUCCUGGCUUUUCCAGGCCUCCCCCAACAGCACCCAAGGGUCUCGCACCCCAAAGACCUCACCCGACACUUGGAGUUCCAGUUACAGCGCCUCCGAAAUCGCAAGCGCCGCCGCCAGCGCCAGCAACAGCAGCCGUCGCAGCCGCAGCACAGCAAGCUCGCCCUCAUGCAGCCGUCGAGUCACAGGUUAUCAGUUCACAAUUGGCUAAUGAACCAUAUAUAUUUGUCGGGUCCGAAAGUGUCCCGACUCUCCCUAGUAUAAUACCCCAUAUGAAGAAGCGCUUAAAGAAUUAUGGAUUUGAAGAUAUCCGCCUCGACAAAACAGGGUUCUACAUCGUUUUUCGAAACUCCUAUACCGGGCGAAGCGAAGCCGAACGAUGUUUUCGGGCUGUUAAUCACACCGAAUUCUUCAAUUACAAUAUGGCUAUGCAACUUUGCGUACCGCGAUCAUCUUAUAUCGAUUCCGCCUCAAAAUCAAGCCCUAGCCCCGAGCGAGCCCCUAGAAAGGAUCAUCGGGCCGAGAAGGCAGAGUUGGAGAGGAAGCGCAGAGAGGACGAGGCCGACCUUGAGGAAGAAAAGAGACAGAGGGCCAAGAAUUUCGACCCUGUAAUUGAGGCCGUGGAGGUCGUUCGGCGUGAGAUGACUGAACAUCUCAUCAGGCAUAUCCGCACUCAAGUUGCGGCGCCGGCGUUGGCCGAAUUUCUCAAUCCAGCCAAUCAUGUCGCCAAGAGGCGGAAGCUUAACAUCGAUCCUGUAGAGACCGAAGAAGACGCUUUCGGCAGCGGUAGCACCAGCCCCAAAUUGGGGACUCCCAAUUCUCGAGCCGAUCCCAUCGAACGCCGGACUGGCCGUCUAGAGCCCAAAGCCCUCCCAAGGAUUCGCAAGAGCAAAACAAAAGGCCUCGCUCAUCGGAGUACCUUUGUCGAUCCCUUUGCCCGAAAACGGGCUUCGGCGACGCGCCCAGCGUUUCGAUCCUUGCAUCAUCGUCUCAAGAGUUUGGAUAGCGACUUUGAAUCGGACGAUGAUGCAGAUGCUAGGGUACUGACAGCGCGAGAUGCUCGCCAAUCAGAGUCACGCCCACGGAGUCGCAUGAGUACUGAUGACGAGGCUUCCAAAGAUGAUUUUGCCUCAUGGGGUCCGGGCGAAGACGAUUCCAUGACAGAGGCCAGUCUCGCCAUCGACAGCUCGAUUGUAAAGAAGCGAAAGUUGGAGCUCUCGAUUGAAAAAGCAUUCAAGAGACAGAAGAAAUCCGACGAAGAACUAUUUGGCGUCAAAAUCGACCAAAUUGAUGCGGAGUUCAAGGUUGUCGAAGAUUCUGACGAUACUGGUCUGGAUCUGGAAGCGACUGCAGAGCGAGAAGAUUCAACUCUUGAAGGACCGUUGUCACAAGUUGAGAAUCUUUCCAAGACAAAGCCCGCCAAGUCUAAACGAAAAUCCAAGAAGCAACUCCUCCAGGAGCAAGAGGCACAGGCCAAACAAUCCGAGGCCGAAUCGCAGCUUUCGGAUGCGGAUGAAGUGAAGCCCACCAGCGAGAAGGUGCCAGAGCCCGAGAUUGUGCCCGAGAAAUAUGACGAGAGGCUUUUCGCGACUAAGCCAAUGACUGCCGCGGCAACACUCCCCGACGGCUUCAAACCUGACAUUACUUCCUUGGCGGCCCUGUCCUUGGGACCGACUGAUGUCCCGGAUAUCACUAGAUUACUCAAGAAGUUCCAGAUCGAAGAGAUUGGCAACCCAGAGCUAUGGCUGUGGAAACGGAGCCGUGUCAGGGAACUCAACACAUCUGAUGGCCUCUUGGGUGGCCCAGUCCGUAUCGAAGGCUACUAUGUGCCGAAUGCAAGUGGCUGCGCGCGAACCGAAGGAGCCAAGAAGAUCCUGAAUUCGGAGAAAUCAAAAUAUCUACCGCAUCAUAUCAAGGUUCAAAAGGCUAGAGAGGAGCGGGAGGCAAAUUCCAAGAAGACGGGCAGAGAUACCACUAUGGCGGCCAAUGAAGCUGCCAAGCUGGCUGCUGAAAAACUCAUCGCCAAGGGCAACUCUCGAGCAAACCGCGCCACAAAUCGACGAUAUGUGGCCGACCUCAAUGACCAGAAGAAGACGCUUGGGCAAGACUCUGAUGUCUUCAAGUUCAACCAGCUAAAGAAGCGGAAGAAGCCUGUCAAGUUUGCCCGCUCUGCCAUUCAUAAUUGGGGCUUGUAUGCUAUGGAAAACAUCAACAAGGACGAUAUGAUUAUCGAGUAUGUGGGUGAGGAAGUUCGACAGCAGAUUGCAGAGAUUCGGGAGAACCGUUACCUCAAAAGCGGUAUUGGCAGCAGUUAUCUGUUCCGAAUCGAUGACAAUACGGUCAUUGACGCCACAAAAAAGGGAGGUAUUGCACGAUUCAUCAACCACAGCUGCAUGCCUAAUUGCACUGCCAAAAUCAUCAAGGUCGAGGGUAGCAAGCGGAUUGUCAUUUAUGCUCUGCGUGAUAUUGCUAUGAACGAAGAAUUGACCUAUGACUACAAAUUCGAGCGAGAGAUUGGCAGUCUGGACCGUAUCCCCUGCUUGUGUGGCACGGCAGCGUGCAAAGGGUUCCUCAACUAA